GCUGAAUAUAUCAAUGAAAGAUUUUAACAACAAAGAUGGCUGGCUAGUCCAGCUUACUAAAAACUGUGUUUACUUCCUUGGAGAGACAAAUAUGCAGGUGAUUAGUGAGCUAUGCCCACUCCACACCUUAUUUGCACUGUUUUUGUGGUAUUACUAUGGAGUUGCUUACGGAUUUUUGAUUGGAAUCGUGAUAUACCUAGUGGCUAGUACUAUUCUAGACUAUAUGGGAUACCAAUUCAUUUCAGGCAUAGAUGCUAUCUCUGCUCACGAGAUACAUCAAAACAAUAUUAGAAACUGAGCAUGCUAUAUGAAAUGAGGCUCUUUAAAAGCAGAAGAACUUAGGGAGAAAUACUUCAGAAACAAAGCAAUCUUAAAGUUCAGAAGGCUAAGACAAAUCUGGGUUAAAUUCCUUGGCUUCUGGCUCUUCAAGGACAUCUCUCCAGAGACUGCAAAGCAUCAAGUAAAGAAGAUAACGAAAAAGAUUCACAGUGAGAAAGAAAUAGGCGAUUACAUGGCAAGCUUAAUUUCAACUCCUCUUGAUGAGUCGAGACCUUUAUGGGAGAUCCAUGUCAAGGAAAACUUUGACGAUGAUACUUCUAUUGUCUUCAUUGUUUUCCAUCACAUUAUUGGAGAUGGGAUGGGCAUGAUGAAUAUGAUGACAUUCUUAAAUGACAACCAUAACCCAGAUAUUUUGCAAAAGCACAGAUCGAUCCCAUUUUUGUAUCGAUAUGUCCUUCCUCUCUUCUAUGUUCCUCUUGGAUUACUCAGGUUCAUAAUUGAUAGUCGGGUGGUUAGAGGUGAUCAGAGCUUGACUCCCUUGCAUCUCAAGGAUGGAAUCCAGUCAUCAGAAAAGAGCUAUCAUUGAACUAAAUAUUUUGAAUUAGAAGACUUGAGAAAACGAUAUACUCAGUACAAAGACACUAAGCUGAACAGCUACAUGUUUGCUAUAAUCUCAAGCUCUCUAUCAGACUGUUUAGAAGAGUAUGGAAUCUCGAAGGAAAAGCAAACUCACUUCAGUUUAUCUGUUCCUGUAAAUAUGAAACCCCCUGCAACCUGCCUCGAUGAGGUAGAGUUUGGCAACACUUGCUCUCUAGCAUUAGUGAAUGUCCCACUUGGGAAAGAUAUGGGAAAUACUCUGGCAGAUCUCAAGUCAAAAUUUUCAAAAGCUAUGACUCUCUACAAUCUUAGAUUUGGUGUAUGGGCUGUUUCAUUUAUGGGAGCUUGCCCUGAGUUUUUAUACAGGAUAAUUUCUUAUGGACCUCAAAAAGAAUUAGAUAUGAUCAUAUCCAACACUCCUGGUCCUAAAAAUCCGAUAUAUUUUUGUGAUAAGAAAGUUACAGAUAUUGGAGGCUCUGGGCCAAACGUUGGAUCAACUGGACUGACACUACUCAUUUCUUCGUACUGAGAUAAGGUUAAGGUGCAAGCUCUCUCAGAUAAAAAUCUUAUGAUGGACGCUUCUAAACUGAUAAAAACUAUCGAAAGCAAAAUGUAAGCAAUAUAUUUAUUUGCCCAUUUUAAUUUUAUGAAAGUUCCAUCCAUAAUGGUUAUG